AUGCUCAAGGCGGCAGUGAAGCGCUCUGCCUGCGACCAGUGCAGAGCGAAGCGGGUACGGUGCCUUCGCGUCGAAAACAGCACAGCGCCGUGCGCCCGCUGCGACCACAUCGGCGCGCGGUGCGUGACAGGCGCCCCGGGCCACCCCGGAAGACCGCCCAAACAGCGGACCGUCGAUGGCCGCCCCGCCGCGGCGAACCCUGCCGGUGCUUCCUCUCCCGGCGGUGCGGGGCGGCGGCAUCGCACGUCGACAUCUUUGCGAGAGGUGAACCAUGUCGAUAUCUAUGCCCCUUCCAUGGCAGGUGAGCCCGCACCGGCCGCCAGCGCGCCUACAAAAGCGCCGCGGUACAGGGCAGACAUGCGCACGUCCUGGGACCGGUGGCUCGACGGCAUCGCAGCGUCGGACCUUGCGGGUUCCAAGCCCGUGCAGUCGAAUCCGCCGGGAAACCUAUUAGCUCAUGACGGACCACAGCCAGAUUUCUGGGGAGCGUCAGGCGACAGCACCGCCCUCUUCGGUUCUCCUUCGAUUGAGCAAAGCCCUGUUGCGUCGGGCAAGGAUAUCCUCGCCCUGGUGGAUGUGGAUCAACUCAGCGGUCCAUCACAGCUCCGGGGGCUACUCAGUGCAGAUGACGAGAUCGACGCGAUGCUCGACAUGGGCCGGGACUCUAGUAGCAGCGUGCUCGAUAUGGAUCUUGGCCCGCUCCUUGAUACGUGCGAGAGCGCGGUCCUCCCCCAGAGUCCUCUACCACAAUGCAUCAGUCCAGCAAGCUCGCUGAUGCGGUUCCGAGAGGAAAUGGACCAGCGCAUCGCCGCGGUAGACGCAUACUACUCGGACCCCGUCAAAGUCGUGCAGGGCUGCAAAGAGGAGGGCGCGGGUGCGGAGCAGGCCGAGAAUCCAGCUGCGUUACUCCUUACGUGCAGCACAAAGUUCAUCGACAUCAUCCAGAGCUUGACGCCGGCGGCGGGCCAAACGCAUACGCAGAGUGAGGAUGCGCUCAGCACGGAGGUUGUGCUCCUGGCUCUGUCGAGCUACCUUGCAUUGAUGAGACUCUUCGACUCGCUGUUCCACACCAUCUAUGAAUUCAUUUGCGACUUGCCGCCGGCCUCGUUCAAGUCCGUCAAAGUCAAGUCGGUGCUCCGAAUCGGCGGCAUCUCCACGCUUCAGGACAUGCCCCUAAAGACGUAUGCCACAGGCAUCCUCGAUGCCAUCCAGGGCCAGGUGCGGACCCUGGAGCGCUGCAUGGGGAUUCCAACCCAACACUGUCUCUCGGGCGAGGCGGCUGCCUCGGCCACCCCGGGGAUAUUAUCCCGUUCAGAUCGAACACGGUUGUUUUGGGCUGUGAUAGAACAGGAGGAUGUCAAGUCACGACGGGGUGGCAAGUCGUACGUAGAGUCGAUACGAGCCAGUAUCAAAGGCUCGAUGAGAUUUCUCGAUGACUAG